AUGCCUGAGGCACAACUUUCGAACACCCCAAAUCCGUUCGCUGAACGUGGAGGUGCGAGCGCGCCGCCAGCGCAGCAUGCAGCAUCUGGUUCUGAUGAGACUAUCAUCGCGAACCCGCUCGAUGAGCAACAACAACUGCUUGUUCAAAAAGAAGAAAACGCUCAGCGUUAUGCACAGAUGACUGCAACCCUUGAACGCCAGCGUGAUUAUGUGUUCACCCCACCCAGUGUGGAGGAACGUCUGCGUCAAGCGGCCGGCCAAACAUUGGCAACGUGGGUCAUUGGCCAUGGGCCUAAGACUCCUGAGGAGGUGGUGAGCUGCCAGGCACUUCGUGAGAGGUACCUGGAGCCGCACCUAACGACUCAAAGGUGA